AUUUCGCUUUAUGUAGCCAUAGACAACUCAACUCUCGUUGAAGCACAUCAAGAGGUUUUCGCGGAUCUCAGAUUUUACGUAUUCAAAAAUAACGAGAGGAAGUACUUCACCAUCCAAGGUUCUUGCUAAUUUUCAUUCUAUCUUUUGUUUUUUAUGACUACUAGGAAGUUUUGGGCUGUACAUCUCCCUAGACCGAAAAAACAUGCAAUGUGUAUAUAGAAGUGACAUCUAUCUAUAUAUCUAUGUUAUAAUCCGCAAAACGAUGAGUAUGCAUGGCGAUACAAUAUUUUCAAAACGAUGUGGGGAUUCUCUCAGGUCCUCCCUCUUGCUACCUUCAGAGACCCGAGCAACGGAUACCUUUACGAUGAAGAUCACUGCGAGUUUGGUGUUGAUGUGACUAUUCAUUCUCCUUUUCAAAGUUCAGAACUUUUCUCUGUAGCUAGGAACUUUGAUAAAUCGAGGUUCACCUGGACCAUUCGGAGUUUCUCCGCGCUGGUCGGAGAUACGUACUUCUCUGAUACAUUCUCCGUGGGAGGAAGGAAUUGGAAUAUACAAGUAAAUCCAAGUGGCCGUGCAACAAGAGAGGGAAGAGCCUUGUCGAUGUAUCUUCUCCUUAAUGCGAACGAGAAGGUCAGACCCUACGAGAAGAUUUAUGUUCGAACCAAGCUUAGAGUUGUUAACCAACUAAUCUUUUCAUUUUUUUUGGGGAACCAUAGAAAAGCAAAGUAAGAGCAUGAUUAUCGGGAUUGCUUAACUGGGUUGCUUAAAUUAAUUUUGAUUUAAAAAAAAAAAAUUGCCUUUUAAACUAAGCAGCUUUGCUUAAUUAGGAGGAGGAAGAACCAGCGCUUAUGAAACACGCGUCAGACACAGAAGUCUCCUCCUCUCUCUCAUCUCUAUAAUUCCAAAACGUGUGAUUGAUCUCGAACGGGAGAUUCGAUCUGGUACAGUCCAUGUUUAUAACAACAAGGAGUCUUUUGUAAUCACUCCCAACAUCUUCACUUGUAAUCUCCUCGUGAAAGCUUUGUGUAAGAAGAACGAUGUGGAGAGUGCCUACAAGGUGCUCGACGAAAUUCCCGAGAUGGGUCUGGUGCCAAAUCUGGUGACGUACACGACUAUUCUUCUUUAAGGUUGUAGCUUUGUUGGUUCUUGUUUUCUUUAAGGUUGUAGUUUGUACUUAUCUUCUUGGUUUUAAAAGGUUGUAGCUUUGUUGGUU